GCUCCCCCGAGUGGGCAGCGAGCAGGGCCUCGUGGGCUGUGUGGAGUCUCUCAAACCGCCACCUCCCUGCCUACCCACUAGCUACUGGGAAAGACUACUUUCCUCUGGGUAGUCGCGCGGCAUCCACAUCCACCUCCCCUCCUUGUCCCUCCUCUCCCCUCGGUCUCCGCCCCCUCGCGCAAAGGAGGCCUUGCCGCUUUAAGAGCCGGGGUAGCGAUUGACAGGCAAUAAACGCGGAGUGCCGGGCUGCGUUGGAGCCGCCCCGAGCUAGGGGCUCCCCGGGCCUCAGGAGAGACAUUUUCAGAGCCCUUAUCGACUUCACCAUGCCGGUUGCCGCCACCAACUCUGAGACUGCCAUGCAGCAAGUCCUGGACAACCUGGGAUCCCUCCCCAAUGCCACGGGAGCUGCAGAACUGGACCUGAUCUUUCUUCGAGGCAUUAUGGAAAGUCCCAUAGUAAGAUCCCUCGCCAAGGCCCAUGAGCGGCUGGAGGAGACGAAGCUGGAGGCGGUUCGGGACAACAACCUGGAGCUGGUGCAGGAGAUCCUGCGGGACCUGGCGCAGCUGGCGGAGCAAAGCAGCACAGCCGCGGAGCUGGCCCGCAUCCUCCAGGAGCCCCACUUUCAGUCCCUCCUGGAGACGCACGACUCUGUGGCCUCGAAGACCUAUGAGACACCACCCCCAAGCCCCGGCCUGGACCCCACGUUCAGCAACCAGCCUGUGCCUCCUGACGCUGUGCGCAUGGUGGGCAUCCGCAAGACCGCUGGAGAGCAUCUGGGCGUGACGUUCCGUGUGGAGGGCGGCGAGUUGGUGAUCGCGCGCAUUCUGCACGGGGGCAUGGUGGCUCAGCAAGGCCUGUUGCACGUGGGCGACAUCAUCAAAGAGGUGAAUGGGCAGCCUGUAGGCAGUGAUCCCCGCGCGCUGCAGGAGCUCCUGCGCAGCGCCAGCGGCAGCGUCAUCCUCAAGAUCCUGCCCAGUUACCAGGAGCCCCACCUGCCCCGCCAGGUAUUUGUGAAGUGCCACUUUGACUAUGACCCAGCCAGAGACAACCUCAUCCCUUGCAAAGAAGCAGGCCUGCGGUUCAACGCUGGGGACUUGCUCCAGAUUGUAAACCAGGAUGAUGCCAAUUGGUGGCAGGCAUGCCACGUAGAAGGAGGCAGUGCUGGGCUCAUCCCCAGCCAGCUGCUGGAGGAGAAGCGGAAAGCCUUUGUCAAGCGGGACCUGGAGCUGACACCCACCUCAGGGACCCUAUGCGGCAGCCUUUCAGGAAAGAAAAAGAAGCGAAUGAUGUAUUUGACCACCAAGAAUGCAGAGUUUGACCGCCAUGAGCUGCUCAUUUACGAGGAGGUGGCUCGCAUGCCCCCCUUCCGCCGGAAAACCCUGGUGCUGAUCGGGGCUCAGGGCGUGGGCCGGCGCAGCCUGAAGAACAAGCUCAUCAUGUGGGAUCCAGAUCGCUACGGCACCACGGUGCCCUACACAUCCCGGAGGCCCAAGGACUCAGAACGGGAAGGCCAGGGUUACAGCUUUGUGUCCCGAGCGGAGAUGGAGGCCGACAUCCGUGCUGGGCGCUACCUGGAACAUGGCGAAUAUGAGGGCAACCUGUACGGCACACGUAUCGACUCCAUCCGGGGCGUGGUUGCGGCCGGCAAGGUGUGCGUGCUGGAUGUCAACCCCCAGGCAGUGAAGGUGCUGAGAACAGCUGAGUUUGUCCCUUAUGUGGUGUUCAUUGAGGCCCCCGACUUUGAGACCCUGCGGGCCAUGAACCGGGCCGCACUGGAGAGUGGGGUGUCCACUAAGCAGCUCACGGAGGCGGACCUGAGACGGACAGUGGAAGAAAGCAGCCGCAUCCAGAGGGGCUACGGGCACUACUUUGACCUCAGUCUGGUCAACAGCAACCUGGAGAGGACCUUCCGCGAGCUCCAGGCCGCCAUGGAGAAGCUGCGGACGGAGCCCCAGUGGGUGCCUGUCAGCUGGGUGUACUGAGCCUGCUCACCUGGACCUUACCCCAUCUGGGUUGUGACCCAGAACCCUAAAUUCAUCCUUCCCCAACCGUGACCCCCAACCAUAAUCCUUAGCUCCCAUCCCUGGCGCUCUGGUUGUCCCUGGGUAGUGGCUUCUAGGGGGCCCUAAGUCUGGCUUCGACACAGAGAAGUGCCACUGCCAGGGAGCUGGGUGUUCAUGGGGUACCUCUAUGCCCAGGUGCUACCCCCUCUUGAUCCCCCUUGGCCACCAGAUGUCCCUCUCUGAGGGCCAAGCUGUACCCAGGAAUGUGUCAGAGCCACCUCUAAAAGGCUCAGGCCAGAGAUCAGAAAAGCUGCUAUGGGACCACGUGGUCAGUAGGUACACUGCUCUCCCCCCACUCCGUCCCCCACCCCUUGCCUCUCUCCAGUCCCCUUUUCUCCUCUGGACUGGUCACACCCACUGUAUUCCUGUAUUCCUGGGCUCCUCCCACCUCAUACCCAGAUGUCCUAGGAGCAGGCCCUAGGCUGUUUCCCCGUGGUCUGUGGAGUAAGUAGCUCCCAGGUGGCCAGUCAGGCCUGGGCAAUGGUGCCAGCCUGGUACCAUCCUGAAGGCUGCAGGAGCCAAAGCACGAGCCAGUUGCCAACCCGGGGAGCAGUGCAGCUCUUGGCUCCCUCAGAAUGAGGUGGGGUCCCACAAGUGAACACUACCCUGUCCUUCCUUACCCACAGCUUUUCACUGCCGAAGUCUCUCCACAGACUUCUCCAUUGUGCCCCUGACAGGUCAGCUUUGCUUCCUGAAGGGCAAGGCUGGCAGUGUCAGUGGGCUUAGCCCAGGUCCGGGUGGGUGGGAGGCUGAGCCCUGUGAUGAGGAGCCCGCUAUUACUGACCGAAGAUCUGCAAGCUCUCCAUGGCCCAUGGUGGGGACACGUCUGGGUUCCCUGUACAUGACCAUGUCCAUUUUGGUCUACUCUUUGGCCAAUUCCAAGUGGCCUACUGGCGUCAGGGCUGCUUGGGGGGCUGAGGAAGAGUACAGAGGGGAUUUUGUGGGCACUGGGCCAUGGGGUAUAGGCUUGGUGAAGGACAUUUGUAUUUUGGUAGGCUCCUCAUAACCCAGCUCCAGGGGGCGCCAUCCACACUGUUUCUGAGCAGCUUAUAUUCCGCAGGCUGCCGUGCCUGAUCUGUGUUUCUGCUGCUGGCGCGUGUGUGUCAGGCUCGGCCUUUGGAGAGGAGCAGCAAAGAGUGAUUUUGCUUGGAAAGUCACUCUUUGGGGUCCCUGUUUUGGGGUUCCCCAUCAGCCCCUAUGUCUUAUGAGACCCUUAUCCUAGUUUCUAGAGCCUUGACCCUCCCAGAUGUCUUCCUCCAGCUCUCCUAUUGACCCCUGACCUUAAACACCACUCUCCUGCCUUUGGGGAGGGCAAUUAUGUAAAAUAGGAGAAUCCCUUUUAAGAAAAGAAUGCUGUCCUUGACUUCCCCAGGCAUCUCAUCCCUCAUCCUUCUCUGUGAUCCUUCCUGGGGUGAGCCUGUCCUUGCAGGGUACCACUCCAGCCCCUGUGCUUCCCAGCCCUUCUGAAUGUCUAAUCAGUGUUCGCUGCAGUGUCAGCCCAAGCUGGCCCCUGAACCACUGUGUGCCCAUUUCCUAGGGAAGGGGAGGGAGAAGAAACAGAUAUUUAUUACAAAGUUAGAAAUAUAUUUAUUAUAUUAGGGAUCUCAUUUACAUUUGCAUAGGAUAUGCAAAUGAGAUGUCAAGGUCAAGCCUUUUCCCAUCCAUUUGCAUAGCUCUGCAUCCACUAUGCAGUCAUCUUUAUACUCCUCUUUCCCCUUUAGUCAGAGUUCUUUUUAUCCUUAAUUCAGCUCUCCCUUGCACCACCCUCACCCUCAGCCCAAGGGUACUGGGAGCGGGAGGCAAAUGGGGUAUUCUCCUGUUGGCCAGAGGCCAUGGUGUCCUUUGUAAGGGUCUACCCCAUCUGGGGGACUUGGGAGUAGAGACAGUGAAGGGUCUGCUGUUGUAGCCACCCCACCUUCUUGGUUAACCUUCAAAGCCCCUUAACUAAAAGACGUGGGUGAGGGGAGCUGGGCAUUUCCACUGUGGAUACUGUUCAAGCAUCAUCACCUCUAUUGAUGCCCAGGGGACAGGGCUGUCAUUAUCCCUGUCUGAAUGGGUACUACCUCCCCUGCCUAAGCCCCACUCCGUGGGUUGGAUCAAGUGUUCCAACUGCGUUAGCUCCGACUCUGUCCUCUCUCCUUCCGCUGUGGAUGCUUGUAUUUGAGGGACCUCAGGAUAAUGAAGACCCUGCCCCCCAACUGUCCACACUCAGUCCCAGCCCAGUUGCCCUUCCCCUCUCCCCUCCUUCAACCUUCCUGUUCCUGAGCGUUCUCU